CGUAGUUUCCCAUCACGUGACAGCAGGCACUUCCUGUUUGUUUUGCAAGAAUCCCUGAUCACGGCUGCUGUUGAGCCCAGUAAUGUCAGCUGAAAAGUGCCACAGUUAAGUCGUCAUUUCAGCCGAGACUUACUUACCAUGUCCACGCAGCCGGGGCCCUGCUUGACGUUCCAGCACAAGCUGGCCUCCAUCAUGGACUCCCUGGCCCAGGCCGCCGUGCUGGAGGUGGCCAGGCUGUGGGAGGACGCCUGUGUGCUGCUGCACGCCGAGCUGCGCCGCAGGGAGCGGGAGGUGGAGGCCCUGGAGAAGAAGUUGCAGGAGAAGCAGCGACUCCCGACCUCCAGAAAGGAGAAGCAGCCCAGGAGACCUCCCAGCCUCGGCCAGGCUGAUGGUCCAGUUGCAGAACCGGUCUGUUCGUCUUUAGAGCAGAACGCCAAAGAAAAGACGGACCCCACCACCAAUCACAGAGCAGCAGCAGCAGCUCAGUCAGAAGAGAACCCCAAACCUCAGACCAGUACCAGAACCGAUGAAGACCUCCCCGUCAAGCUGGAGGACGAGGACGAGGACGACGUCAUGAUUGUCGAGCAGCUAAAAGACCACGGGCAUAAUGGCAAUCCACGCGCCGUAGAAGAAAAGGAGAACCACCGGUGGUCCUCGGUUUCCACGGGCGACAGCGACACCACAGAGGAGUCAGACUACUUUCCGGCACCAAAGUCCCAGAAUCUGGACUCGGAAAUCCUGUUCAUCGAGAACGCCUUAGACCUCCUUGACGGUUCUGCGGAAGCUGCCUUCUCGGAAAGUUUGCUCAUGGGCGCCAGACACCCCAUGUCCGGUCAGGCCACAGGUGCCGCCACUUUUAGACCGGCACACCCUGGUCAGGACCAGGACAGACCAGAGGCCAUGAGGACGUUUAAUCCACAGGACAGAAUCUUCAUCUUCAGCGACUCCCGACUCCCCAAAGACGCUGCGGGCGGCCGCGUCAAGGAGAAGUGGUUCAUCUGCCAGUUCUGUGGCAAGAGCUUCGACCGGGUCAGCCACCUGCAGAUCCACCAGCGCAUUCACACGGGGGAGAAGCCGUACACCUGCGACACCUGCGGAAAGUGUUUCUCCCAGAGGAGCAACCUGCGCACGCACCAACGCACGCACCAGGAGAGGUUGACCCAAAGUUCUGCUUUGACUCUCUGACCUUUGCAGUGGAGCUUCACUUUAAACUCAUUACUCAAUUAAUGCAACUAUGGUAAAAGUUUUUUUUUUUUACUAACUUAGGGGAGAACAGCACAGUGGGAGAGUGGUUGGCACUGAUACUUCACUGCCACAAGUGUUUGGGUUCAAAUCUCAACUUUAUUCACUUGUGUGGGAUCUCUGGCCUUCUGCCUCUUUGUUACAAUGCUGACAACCUCCACUCUGUAACCAUGACAACUAAUGACUGGAAUAUUCACCCAUUUCCUUAAAGCUCCAUACAGACAUGUAUCCAAGAGCCCUUGUCCUUCAUAACAAGAACUUAGUUCAUGCCUGGAUUUGAAGAAUAAAUACACAAACCCUUGGUUACAGCAGGCAUCACAAAAUAAGUAUCAGUAUAAAAGCAUUGUAAAUAAAACAGAAGGUAGAAAAGUGUCCUCCACAAACUAUUUUUACACAUAAUACCAACCUAGCUUGAUUUUAGAGUUCAAAAGAACAUUUUGUGUGUAAACAGGCAGAGUUGAAUCUGUAAACUAAACGCAGAAGCAUUGAAUCUCAUUAGAGGGCGUAUCUAAUGACGUGGCCAGUGAUUGUAAAAACAGAAAAAACAUACCGUCUUCUCGGAUUAUAAAUCGCAGUUUUUUUUCAUAGUUUGACUUAUGUGUGAAAUCUUAACACAUUACCGCAAAAUAUCAAAUAAUAUUAUUUAGAAGCAACAUCAAGGAAGAAGAUUUCAUGGGAUUUAUGGAUUAGGAGUGAGAGAUAGUUUGGUAAAGGUAUAGCAUGUUCUAUAUGUUAUAGUUAUUUGAAUGACUCUUACCAUAAUAUGUUAGCUUAACAUAGCAGUUGCUUAUUUAUGCCUCAUAUAACCUACACUUAUUCAGCCUGUUCUUCACUAUUCUUUAUUUUUAAUUGCCUUUCAAAUGUCUAUUCUUGCUGUUGGAUUUUAUCAAAUACAUUUCCUCAAAAAAUGCGACUUAUACUCCGGUGCGACUUAUGUUUUUUUCCUUCUUUUUUAUGCAUUUUCGGCUGGUGCGAUUUAUACUCCAGAGCGAUUUAUUAUCCGAAAAAUACGGUAAUUUUCACAGUAAUGUUUUGUGCAUGUAUUUUUUUUCUAGUAUCAGUGUUUCCCAUACAGUCUUUUGUGGCAGUGUGCCAUAUUCAAAUUUAGCUCUACUCGUCUAUAAACUCCCUAUAAGGGGACUGCCUGUGAGUGUAGCUUGUCACCAUAAUUCCACGCAGUAGAUGGCAUCAUAAACACAGAAGAUCUGCCAGACAAUGGAAGGAUGUAGCAGGAGGGAUCAGUGUUGGUUUCUAUAGUAACCAGAAUUCAUAGGCCUCGUGGUUGGUUUUUCCUAAAAAUAAAAAAAAUGGUGACCUUUUUUGAUCUUAUUGGACACUUUGCGACUAACACAAAAGCACAAACUGCUCAUCUAAAAGCCUUCAGAGUGCAUAAAAAAAUGUGAUGGAAGCAAGUUCAUCUGAAUUUAUAACUUAUUUAGUUUUUUUAUUUCCCAAUGCGUCCAUAAAAAUAAUAUGCUCAUGCGUCACGGCCGAUUAAAGAAAUGCAGACUGUAGUCUAGUGGGAAACACUGAUCAUCAUGACUACAUUUAUAGUUGAACCUCCAAACCACCCAAAAAGUGAUGAAACCUGGGAGCUCAACCUAAAAUGUUAAAUAAAAUCUGCCACUAAAUUCAAACUUUCAAUGAUCUUCAUGGAUGGACUCCAUAGGAGUGUUAAGCAUUAUCUCUUGCUUUUUAUAUAUGCCACUACAGAAAAUAACCCCUGGAUGGCCGGGAGGAAAAGUGUGAUGAUAACCACAGAAUGAGGAAUACAAUUAUUUUUUUUUUUAGCAGUUUCAAGGUUCUUGUUCAGUGUGUAUGUUAUGUGGACAAUAUGAGAGAAUCUGCAAUGAAGGCACU